AAAAAAAUUAUCAUUCCGCCAAUCCCAACGUCACAUCGGAGGAUUUGUCUUGGAGAAUGUCUGAAUGAGUUAGCAUGCAAGAGUCGUUGAAGAUGAAAGUGGAAAAAGAUGGCCAGUUGUGAAGCGGGACAAGGAGACCCAAUAUGAUCAACCCUCCACAACCUUCGUUCUGGGUGUUCAUAGAGCCAAUGGUGUCAGACGAGAUCAAGACACAGCUAAUGGCUCUCAGGGACUCCGAAUCUGACGUCAUGAAAUGUAGAUCUUGGCUGAGGAUAAUGCUCACAAAUCUCUCCUCCUGUCAUUUCUGGAGGACCUUCAGCGACAUCCUGGACUCCUCUCGACUGUCCACUAUUCAACUGGGCUAUGACUACACAAUCUCAUCUCUUACAACUUGGGACAGCUCUGUGCUACAGAAGGCGGAUUUGGCAGGACUCAUCUCCCCAAACACCAGGAGAGACGGAGAGAGGGUGAGUCCACCUCCGACCAGUCGUUUGGAGUGGGUGUGGUCACAUGGGCUCUCGCGCUACUCGCGGUCUCAUCUCUCUCUCAGUCUUCAGAGACCCAGAUCAUCUCCAGAGAGGCAGUAUCACAGCAGGAGGAAGGAGGGGCACCACAGGUCGUAG